AUACAUAUGUAAUAACUCAUUAGAAGAAUGUCUGGCACAUAAUUAGCACUCAGCAAUUAGCUGUCAUUUAUAAAUGCUCUCUUCUUAGACUCAAUAAUCUUCCUUUUGCCUGGAACUCAAAACUGUUUUCAUGCCACAUUUUUAACUGAUUCUUUCCUUCAGCUGCUUGGAGUAUUCAUGACAUGUAUAACCUUUGUACAUGCGUGAAAUUGAGCAGGCCUAGAAGACUUUAUUGUUGGUUGCUAAGUUGGAUUGCUUCAAAACAUUUCUGCUGUAAGCACCCCUUUGAGGGUAGGCAUGAAACUGUCUUAAAGGAACAGAUGAAAUGCCUUGGCCAGAGUUGUGGUGGUGGCUGACAUAAUUUCCUUACUUCUCAUUCCUGUGUACAGACCAUUUGACAAUUUCCUUAAAACUUUUUAAACUUAUGAUGAAUAAAGCCAGGAACUGUUGCUUAUUUUCUGUCCUCCCUCUGCUCCUGUCACUAACUACUUCUUUAAACAUAACUUCCCAACUUCUACUCCAACUUUAAAGCAUCUGGUUCCUUAAAUAAACAGGCCCUGUAGAGAGGCCGUGUUGUAUGGGGUGUCAGCUCUGGGAAGAAUGCGUGUGUUUGUUUGCUGGCGCUGGCAGGGUUGAGUCCAAGCUGACAGGACUGAGUGUGCCUGUCAGAGGCUUCAGGGAGCUGCCGCUGAAGCCCUCGGCCUGUUGUUGUGGAUCGCCAGACCUUUGUAACAUCCGGAAGUCUGAAGCAUGUGUUUGAUGAUCUCAGAGGCUCAGUAUCCUUGUCCUGGGUUGGAGAUAGCACUGGGGUCAUUCUAGUCUUGACUACCUUCCACGUACCACUGGUAAUUAUGACUUUUGGACAGUCCAAGCUAUAUCGAAGUGAGGAUUAUGGGAAGAACUUUAAGGAUAUUACAAAUCUCAUCAAUAACACCUUUAUUCGGACUGAAUUUGGCAUGGCUAUUGGUCCUGAGAACUCUGGAAAGGUGGUAUUAACAGCAGAGGUGUCUGGAGGAAGUCGUGGAGGAAGAAUCUUCAGAUCAUCAGAUUUUGCGAAGAAUUUUGUGCAAACAGAUCUCCCUUUUCAUCCUCUCACUCAGAUGAUGUAUAGCCCUCAGAAUUCUGAUUAUCUUUUAGCUCUCAGCACUGAAAAUGGCCUGUGGGUGUCCAAGAAUUUUGGGGGAAAAUGGGAAGAAAUCCACAAAGCAGUAUGUUUGGCCAAAUGGGGAUCAGACAACACCAUCUUCUUUACAACCUAUGCAAAUGGCUCCUGCAAAGCUGACCUUGGGGCUCUGGAAUUAUGGAGAACUUCAGACUUGGGAAAAAGCUUCAAAACUAUUGGUGUGAAAAUCUACUCAUUUGGUCUUGGGGGACGUUUCCUUUUUGCCUCUGUGAUGGCUGAUAAGGAUACAACAAGAAGGAUCCACGUUUCAACAGAUCAAGGGGACACAUGGAGCAUGGCCCAGCUCCCCUCCGUGGGACAGGAACAGUUCUAUUCUAUUCUGGCAGCAAAUGAUGACAUGGUAUUCAUGCAUGUAGAUGAACCUGGAGACACUGGGUUUGGCACAAUCUUUACCUCAGAUGAUCGAGGCAUUGUCUAUUCCAAGUCUUUGGACAGACAUCUCUACACUACCACAGGCGGAGAGACGGACUUUACCAACGUGACCUCCCUCCGCGGCGUCUACAUAACAAGCGUGCUCUCCGAAGAUAAUUCUAUCCAGACCAUGAUCACUUUUGACCAAGGAGGAAGGUGGACGCACCUGAGGAAGCCUGAAAACAGUGAAUGUGAUGCUACAGCAAAAAACAAGAAUGAGUGCAGCCUUCAUAUUCAUGCUUCCUACAGCAUCUCCCAGAAACUGAAUGUUCCAAUGGCCCCACUCUCAGAGCCGAAUGCCGUAGGCAUUGUCAUUGCUCAUGGUAGCGUGGGGGAUGCCAUCUCAGUGAUGGUUCCAGAUGUGUACAUCUCAGAUGAUGGGGGUUACUCCUGGACAAAGAUGCUGGAAGGACCCCACUAUUACACCAUCCUGGAUUCUGGAGGCAUCAUUGUGGCCAUUGAGCACAGCAGCCGUCCUAUCAAUGUGAUUAAGUUCUCCACAGACGAAGGUCAAUGCUGGCAAACCUACACGUUCACCAGGGACCCCAUCUAUUUCACUGGCCUAGCUUCAGAACCUGGAGCUAGGUCCAUGAAUAUCAGCAUUUGGGGCUUCACAGAAUCUUUCCUGACCAGCCAGUGGGUCUCCUACACCAUUGAUUUUAAAGAUAUCCUUGAAAGGAACUGUGAAGAGAAGGACUAUACCAUAUGGCUGGCACACUCCACAGACCCUGAAGAUUAUGAAGAUGGCUGCAUUUUGGGCUACAAAGAACAGUUUCUGCGGCUACGCAAGUCAUCCGUGUGUCAGAAUGGUCGAGACUAUGUUGUGACCAAGCAGCCCUCCAUCUGCCUCUGUUCCCUGGAGGACUUUCUCUGUGAUUUUGGCUACUACCGUCCAGAAAAUGACUCCAAGUGUGUGGAACAGCCAGAACUGAAGGGCCACGACCUGGAGUUUUGUCUGUACGGAAGAGAAGAACACCUAACAACAAAUGGGUACCGGAAAAUUCCAGGCGACAAAUGCCAGGGUGGGGUAAAUCCAGUUCGAGAAGUAAAAGACUUGAAAAAGAAAUGCACAAGCAACUUUUUGAGUCCGGAAAAACAGAAUUCCAAGUCAAAUUCUGUUCCAAUUAUCCUGGCCAUCGUGGGAUUGAUGCUGGUCACAGUCGUAGCAGGAGUGCUCAUUGUGAAGAAAUAUGUCUGUGGGGGAAGGUUCCUGGUGCAUCGAUACUCUGUGCUGCAGCAGCAUGCAGAGGCCAAUGGCGUGGAUGGUGUGGAUGCUUUGGACACAGCCUCCCACACUAAUAAAAGUGGUUAUCAUGAUGACUCAGAUGAGGACCUCUUGGAAUAGCUCUUCAGAGGAGCUGGACCCAGCAUGGAUGGUGGAACCACAGUACCUCUUACACUCCCUGUGGCUCCAGCUUCGGGAAAUAAAUUUCCCAUUGCGAGGGACCCAGCUCUGUUUCUGCUGCUUCCAUCAAAGCCAAAAGGACCUACACUAAAGAAAUGCAGGGUUUGGGUGGGGAACCCUGAGUACUUUUUUACAAUUGGCUCUGAGAAAAAGGGAGACAUUUUAAAUUCUUUAACUUCUUAUUUCUCGUCCUGUCUCUUUGCAAAGUAUGGGCUUUUGUUUUUGUUUUUUAAGGGAAACGAAAUGGAAUUCAAAGGGACCUUUUCACUAACCCCACUUCUGUGUGUUCUGCAUGGCGCCUGCCCCAGGGCAUCUGCCAACUCCAGCAUCAGCUCUCACAGUGUACUUGGUACCAUCCCUGGGCUCUGCUGGCGAGACGAAACAGCUGUAGAGAUGAAAACAGGCUGCAGAGGCUGGCACAGCCUGGCCGGCUUUUCUCCAUCUGGGGACAGUCCUAGUCCAAGAACACUGCACACCAGCUCCUCACACAGAUCCCACUUACUCUUUUUUUUUUUUUUCAGAGACCACAGACCACAGUGAUUUUUCUUUUCCCUUGUUUAAUUAGGCAAUACCCUUGUUAAUUGCCCUUUGGCAACUAACUUAACCAUGUGCUUCCCACACAGUACAUCAGGAAAACUUACAGGGCAAUAUUUUUAACUUGGGGCAGGAAGAAGGGAGCAGCAGAGAAUUGACUAGAUAUAGCACCUAUUAAAAGAGAAACUCUUGCUUCUUCUGAGAUUUUUCAAGCUGUGCUUUGUGUGUGUGCCAGUAGACUUACUCAAGGACAGGGUACAAACUUAGCUGGAAGUCUGCCCAGGCUGAAUGAUCUCUUCCCUAGAGUUGAUUGUCGGGUACGCAGUGUGAACCCCCGAAGACGGAACCUCACAGUCUUCCAUGUUUCCUUCUUAACUGUCGUGUGGCUCGUUGCUAAAUCAUGACAAUGGCUGCCUAUCUGCUGCUUCUUAGGUUGCUGUUGUACAUGGAACCAGGACUAGAGAUUUUUUCAGAUUUAUAGACUUAAAAAAUUAGAAUUUUAUUACCAGGCUUUCCUUCUCACCCCUUUUUUCUGACUUUGCCAAGUAAUUUGUUGACACGAAAAUUUUGGAGGAACCAAUUGAAAACACACUUCCAGUCUAGAUGAUGCUUUGUGUGAUACAUUAAGUUCUUAUUUUGGAUUAAAAGAAGUUUUCCAUUUGAUACUUCUCUAAAUUAAAUAAAUUAUAGAAUGUAGUUGGGUGGAUUUUGGGGUGGCCAUAUAGUAAUGGAAAGCUGCAAUAAUUAGUUUUAAUACAGCUUGAAUAUUUGCUAUAUAGAAAUAUAGUAUGGAAAGUUUUUGGUCUUAAUGUAGCUACUGUGCGGGUCACAGUUUCUCCCAAUGAUUAUGACUGGGACAUUCUUUGGUAGAUACCAUUUGCUACUAGUUUAUUUUGUGGCUAGAAAGUCAGUUUUGUGUGUGUUUUUUUUUUUUUUAUUUGAAGUGCCAAAUUAACUUUUGUCAGAAUGUGAGCAGAUGGCUAAGUUCUCUCCUCCCCAGAAUGGAUUAACAGCUGCGUGGAAAGUCGGGGAGAGAGUGGAUGGAGACUUUUAGAGACGUUAAAACUGCAGUAGAAUGAAAUGAGUCAGGGAGCUUCAGUUAGAAAAUAAAGUUGAGGCAGUUUUUGUGAAGAUAAUAUGGUUAGGGCUGGAGUGCACUAGUCUUUUUGCUUAUUCAUUUUGCAUGGUUUUAAAAUUAAAAAUAAUUCUGAAGAUACACCAGCUCACAAAUGAAAAUGUCAGCCUCUGCCCCACCCUCCCUCCUGCCCAAAGUGAAUUUGGUACUCAGAAAAGAACUGUUUACACCACUCACCUUUCUCCCAGCAUGUACUCACUGUGGGCAGAUGCACCAAUACAUGGUAAUCCUCUUACUCGUUUUAAGACGUAGGAAACUUAAUAUUCUUCUCUAACCGUAUACGAUAGGGCUCUUCGCUUUUAAUGAUAUCUGGGAUUUCUGUGGAACUUGGCAAAUUUUCAGAGCACCUUCACUCACAUAAUGUCAUUUGAACCUCACAAUGUUCUUGGGAUGGAGUCAGUUGUUCAGGGUCCCCGUGUGUGUGAUAAGCAGUGCUGGCUGGCUGUCUUCAGAACUCUUGGAAAUCUUUACACAUGCGAGUGCUGACCACUUUGAGCAAGGCUGCCUUCUUGUAGAUGACUUGCUGUUCUUUAUGACAAGGAUCAGUGGCAUUUGUUUCCGAGCAGUAUUUAGCACCUUUUUGCCACUUUGGUGAACAGAAAAUUGUAUUUUCCUGUCUUUCAUGGCUGAAAACAAAAGUAAUGGGAAUUUUAAAUAUGUUUGCAGAAACUGCCCCUCCCCUCAUUGAGGGUCACUGCUCAAGAGUGCAGGAGUGGACUCUCCACUGAUGGGUCUCCCUCCCCAUCCUGGUUUCCGCCCCGGGCUGGCUAACUCUGUUGGUUUGAAGACUGACAGCCAGCCUGGCUCAUUCUCAUUAUUGGCUAGUUAGCUUUCUUUAUCAACCUGCUCACUCACAAAUGUGUGCCCCUCAGCCAGAGAGUAAGAGAGCCCAAAUCUGUUACAGCUUCUAAAAAAAUAGAUUUCUAAUUUGUCCUACUCAUGUUAGGAGCAUUAUCUUUGAAGGUAAAACAUAGUGUAUCAUUGUGUAAACUCCCAGGCUUGAUGUAGCAGAAGAGAUCAUUUCUGGAGGCUUCAGCAGUGGAAUUUAGCAUUAUAAGAGAGAUUGGACAAACCAGUCCAAAGUGGUCCGAGUUCUUAAAUCCAGGUAGGGAACUCACUCUUCUUUCUUCUCUGGACCUAAUUGGGCAUUGGGCUUUAGUGAGACCACAGACCAGGCCCGUCUCUCCUGUAGGCUUUUAAUUCAAUGGCAACUCUAUUUCGAAGAAUAAAAGCCUUUGGAGAGUUGCGGCAGUUCUGGGGGCGGGCUCAGGAGAGUCCAUAGAUCAGCCGUAACUGGAACGUAGAAUCUACGUCUGCCUCUGAAUGGACUUCCCACCUCCUCUCUCUUGCUCUGAUGCUUGCCUCUGGGCCUCUCCAUGCCCAAGCUGGUCUUUCCUCCUUGACAGGCUGGUAAUGUGCUGGCCACCUCCAGCUCCUGCAUCGAGUCUGUAAACCAGAGCUGGUUCUCAUGGCCUUCGUCACGAUACCAGGAUACGGAGGGGAGCCCAGGGCCAUCCACACCCACCCCAGGGUAACGGGGCUGGCCUGGCAUUAGUCAUUAUUUAGUUUCCAGGCCAACCAUCCAGGUAGAGAUUCCCUCUUUCCUUUGAGCAGUGCUCUCAAGAGCUCCGUGCCUGUCCACAAUGACCUAGAGUGCAUCCUGCUCAUUGUUAGUGUAGCCCCUCGCCCCUAUAUUCAUCCAGGAUACUUGGAAGUGCUAAAAUAGGAAGGGAUUCGGCUUUCAACUUUGCUACCAUCUUCCCUGAAGCAGGAAAAUGAACAUGGACUUAAAUGUCCUUUGAAAAAACCAAAGUUUUAAGAUUUGCUGUGUGAUGAAGUGACAGGGAGGGCCGGAGUCAGCAGGUGCCAGACUUUCUGUUCUGUCUGCCAUGGGUUUGUCCAGCUCAGGUAGCUCUAGGAGCACCAUCCUGCCCUAGCAGAGCCCAGGCCUUGCCCUCAUGAAGCAUCAUUGAAAUAGCAGGAGCAUGUUGAUUUCUUGGUUAGGUUGCAUUAUAAUAACAAGAGUCAGAACAUUAAUUUGAAACAACUUGCAGUAUGCAUUUCUUCACACCAGUACAUUCUUAAGUGUACUUGUUUAUAAGGAAUAACAUAAACUAAUCUGUACCUUUAUAUAUAUGUGUGUGUACAUAUAUACAUAUAUAAACUGUAUAGUGUACAUGGUAAUGAUUUAUUGCUAUGCCCCAGAUCCUUAAUGUAGUUCUCAUCCUCCGCAUGCCCUCAGCCACAAGCGGGUGACUGACUGUUCCCUGAUGAUUUGGCCCACCUCCUGUGUUUGGACCUCUAGGGAGGAGGGUUUUGGUCAUACUCUCCUUAUCCUCGUGCACAGAAAUGCUCAGGGUCCCCAUGUGCCUGUUGUUCAGCCCUCUCUCUUGUUCCCUUUCUGAGCAUGUGGUCCUUCCCCAAGCUGUGGGACAGCUGCCUUCCCACGAAAGUGUAAAGCAGUAUUAAGAUCAUUACUGCAUGUGCCCUAAAAACCCAAGUUUUCUAUUCCCUUGGGACAGAAAAUUGCAUGUGAGGUGGGAUAAUCGAGUUUCAGUGACCCACGUCAGUUACACAUUAAAGCCAGACCCCAUAAUAAAAUUCCACAAAAUGGAAAUAAAACUCAAAUUUCUUUAGCAUUGUGUAAAUAAAUCUGAAUGUGUUUAACUUUGUACUGGUAAUUUUCUGUAUAUUUGGAAUAUUUGGGUUAAAAAUAAAACAGACUGGACUUUGUUACCUGA